CAAAACAACGGACGGCCAUAUUACUACUGGGUGGAACCAUCCAAGACUAGAACCUGAACUUAGCUCAAGCACCAUGGCGACGACCAAGAGUAAAGCCGCAUUCAUCCUGCUCCUCUGCAUCGUAGCCCAUGCCACCGCAGCCGGAACGCAGGGCUCCAACCAGGGCGGCGGCACGGACAACCGCUCGUGCCCCAUUUUCCAGUGCCAGUCCAAGUCGAAGAAGAGCGGACGCUUCGACUCUGUGAACCCCAAAUUCUCCGAGGCGUUCACGUACAGUGCGACCAAGGACCCAAACGAGGAGUGCUGGAAGGUGUGCCAGUACCACAACCAGGGCAACCGCCCCGACCCUGUCGUGUACUGGCAGUACGAGCCCUUCACCGACCCCACCACCGGCGGCCUGUGCACGUGCUACGGCGAGGAGGUGUGCAAGGACAAGCAUUUCAUCGACCCCGCGCGCGACAACGGCGUGCGCCCCGAGUUCAUCUACGUGGGCAAGAUCUGCCCCGCCAAUGGCACCGGCGACCCGCACUUCGUCGGCGCCGACUCGUCGCGCUUCGACUUUAGCGGCCGGCCCGGCGAGGACUACGCUCUCAUCUCCGACGCCCACGUGGCGGUUCAGGCGCACUUCGACGGCCGCUGGGGAAAAUGGGAAGGCCGCAACAAGGCGCUGACGUGGAUGCGCCAGAUCAGCAUUCUGUGGGGCCACCACACUAUUGUGUUCGAGGCGCGCACGGGGUGGGCUGCGGAUUACAGGACGGGUUAUCUCCAACGGCUCGUGGUCGAUAGCGAGGAGGUCAAGCUGGGCGUUCCCGGGUCACACCUCGAGUCCGCGUCGUUUUUCGACGGGCAGGUUGACAUCAAGUGGGCAGCGGCGAAGAAGGUUCUUGGCGACGACCUGGUGGACGAGUACGAGGUUCGCAUCGGCGACAUUCUGGCUCUGCGACUGACUCUGCGACCGGAGAUCGCCAUGCUUCGUACGGAGGACGACGGACUGGUGCACUUCACUGUCGACGUGAUGAGCGCGAAGCUGUCGCCCAACGUGCACGGCGUGCUCGGCCAGACCUACCGCCCUGAUUUCGCCGGCCGCCUCGGCAAGCAGAAGCUGGUGUACAGCGAGCUGUUCAAGACGUACGUGGUGCCCGGCGACAACGCUGAGGGCUUCAUUGACGGAACCGUCGACGACUACAAGUGCUCCGAUCUCACCCACUCGGACUGCACCUUCUGCCGCUUCGUGCGCGCCGAGGGACUCGACGACGAGACCGCGCUUGCGGUUGAGAUGGCGACGGGCGUCUCGUCGUCGUACAGCAAUAACGGCCGCGAUUACUACCCCCGCAAGGCGCUUGUCGGAGCCUUUUAGACGAUUAUAGGACCCCCUUGGGAUUUGUGUUCCUGUCAUAUCGCUCGUCGUGAUGGCUCGGGUCAAAAUUGAUUCCUGUAUGUAAUAUACUACGGGUUUUGAAUAUAAGUGCAUCUCCUCCAUAUCUAG